CAUACCAUGUUCCUCAGAAAAGAGGAGGGGGCAACGCUAGGCGCUCCGUCCGAUUUUACACAAGGCGGCCAAGGAGGGGCGAGAUCGAAGGGCAAACACGCGGCCAGAAACGGCGCCAUCCGCAAAGCUUCCCCGCGGAGCAGUGUUUCCUCCAUCCCUUCCUUUCGUGACAGUGGUUUGAUCCGGACUUCCUCCGGUUUGGGGCAGAGCCGAGAGAUCACGGGGAGAUUGCCGGCGCUUUCCGAAGAGUAGCGAACAGCAGACCAUGGCGUACCCUGGCCCGGGAGGCGGCUAUUACCAGGGCGGGUAUGGAAGUGCUCCUGGAGGACCAGCAUUUCCUGGUCAGACUCAAGAUCCAUUAUAUAGUUAUUUUGCUACAGUAGCUGGGCAGGAUGGGCAAAUAGAUGCUGAUGAACUACAAAAAUGUCUGACUCAAUCAGGAAUUGUGGGUACCUAUAAACCUUUUAAUUUAGAAACAUGCAGACUCAUGAUCUCCAUGCUUGAUAGAGACAUGUCUGGCACAAUGGGCUUCAAUGAAUUUAAAGAGCUUUGGGCUGUACUGAAUGGUUGGAGGCAACAUUUUAUGACUGUGGAUAGUGACCGCAGUGGUACAGUUGAUUCUCAGGAGCUACAGAAAGCGUUGAUGUCCAUGGGAUUUAGAUUGAGUCCACAGGCCAUCAGCGGAAUUGUGAAACGAUACAGCUGUCGUGGAAAGAUCAGUUUUGAUGACUACAUAGCCUGCUGUGUAAAACUCAGAGCUCUCACUGAUAGUUUUCGAAGGAGGGAUGCAGCCCAGCAAGGGAUGGUGAAUUUCCAAUAUGAUGAUUUCAUUCAGUGUGUCAUGAGCAUCUAACUCGGAGUGAAGACAGAUGGAUGAGCAUGGUCCUACAUUCCACGUCAUUUUGCUUUGCGCCAAAAAAAUGUGUGUAUCUAAAUUGUGAUAUUUGCAUAUUUUAUAAAUAUUGAUCAAUAUGCUUUUAUAGUUUUUAUAACUAAUGAAAGAAGGAAAUACAAUAAAUGCUGUUUUGAGUGGAUCCGCCUUGUAUAUUUAUAAUUUGCAUGAGGAAGAAAGGAAACCAAUUGUUCGUGGUUACAUUUAAUUUCUCUUUCUGUAUCAUUUAAAGCUCAUCACAUUGGAAUAUGCCUUGUACCAGUACCAUCUAGGAAGGAAAAAUGGGAAUGUAUUGAAAUAAAUGCAUAAAACUU